GGCGGGUGUCGGGCAGCUGCGGGGACCUUUCGUUUAUUCGUGGUCGGCGCGAAAUGGCGGCCGAGUGAUCCGCGCUGCAAUCCGGCUGUAAUCUCCGCCAUCUGCCCCUCCAGAGGCCCGGAGCCGGACACAGGUUGUGCUGAUAUUGAGCCGCCAUGUUUCUCUACAACAUCACCCUGCAGAGGGCGACUGGCAUCAGCUUUGCCAUCCAUGGAAACUUCUCAGGAACGAAACUCCAGGAGAUUGUUGUUUCCCGAGGGAAGAUCUUGGAGCUGCUGCGCCCUGAUGCCAACACGGGUAAAGUGCACACGCUACUGACGGUGGAGGUGUUUGGCAUCAUCCGCUCCCUCAUGGCUUUCCGUCUGACUGGUGGCACCAAGGAUUACAUUGUGGUGGGCAGCGACUCCGGCCGCAUCAUCAUCCUGGAGUACCACCCAUCCAAGAACAUGUUUGAGAAGAUCCAUCAGGAGACGUUUGGAAAGAGUGGCUGCCGCAGGAUUGUGCCCGGGCAGUUCUUGGCUGUGGACCCUAAGGGCAGAGCUGUGAUGAUAAGUGCCAUAGAGAAGCAGAAGCUGGUGUACAUCCUGAACAGAGAUGCCGCUGCCCGGCUCACCAUCUCCUCUCCACUGGAGGCUCACAAGGCCAACACCCUGGUGUACCACGUGGUGGGGGUGGACGUAGGCUUUGAGAACCCCAUGUUUGCUUGCCUGGAGAUGGAUUAUGAGGAAGCUGAUAAUGAUCCUACCGGGGAAGCGGCUGCUAACACCCAGCAGACACUGACCUUCUACGAGCUGGACCUCGGUCUGAACCACGUCGUUCGCAAGUACAGUGAACCCUUGGAGGAGCACGGCAACUUCUUAAUUACAGUUCCCGGAGGCUCGGAUGGCCCCAGCGGGGUGCUGAUUUGUUCUGAAAACUACAUUACAUACAAGAACUUUGGCGAUCAGCCGGACAUCCGCUGUCCCAUCCCGAGGAGGAGGAACGACCUGGACGACCCAGAGCGAGGGAUGAUAUUCGUCUGCUCAGCUACACAUAAAACCAAGUCCAUGUUUUUCUUCCUGGCCCAGACGGAGCAGGGCGACAUCUUCAAGAUCACGCUGGAGACGGACGAGGACAUGGUUACUGAAAUCCGCCUGAAGUACUUUGAUACUGUCCCAGUGGCCACGGCAAUGAGCGUCUUGAAGACUGGCUUCCUCUUUGUGGCUUCAGAGUUUGGGAACCAUUACCUGUAUCAGAUCGCUCAUCUGGGUGAUGAUGAUGAGGAGCCGGAGUUCUCCUCCGCCAUGCCCCUAGAGGAAGGAGAUACGUUCUUCUUUCAGCCUCGUCCUCUAAAGAACCUGGUGCUGGUGGAUGAGCAGGACAGUCUGUCCCCCAUCAUGUCCUGCCAGAUUGCUGACUUGGCCAAUGAAGACACUCCUCAGUUGUACGUGGCUUCUGGACGGGGUCCCCGCUCUUCUCUCAGGGUCCUGAGGCACGGGCUCGAGGUCUCUGAAAUGGCUGUCUCAGAGCUGCCCGGUAACCCCAAUGCCGUGUGGACCGUGAGGCGACACAUUGAAGAGGAGUAUGACUCGUACAUCAUCGUGUCCUUCGUGAACGCCACCCUGGUACUCUCUAUUGGUGAGACUGUAGAAGAAGUGACAGAUUCUGGGUUUCUGGGGACAACCCCAACCCUGUCCUGUUCUCUGUUGGGAGAAGACGCCUUGGUCCAGGUCUAUCCUGAUGGAAUCCGGCACAUUCGAGCAGACAAGAGAGUCAAUGAGUGGAAGACUCCGGGGAAGAAGAUAAUAGUGAAGUGUGCGGUGAACCAGCGGCAGGUGGUGAUCGCUCUGACCGGGGGCGAGCUGGUCUACUUUGAGAUGGACCCUUCAGGGCAGCUAAACGAGUACACUGAGAGGAAGGAAAUGUCCGCGGAUGUCGUGUGCAUGAGCCUGGCCAACGUGCCGCCAGGGGAGCAGCGGUCACGCUUCCUGGCAGUUGGGCUGGUGGACAAUACUGUCAGAAUCAUCUCUCUGGACCCAUCUGACUGUCUGCAGCCACUCAGUAUGCAGGCGCUCCCCGCACAGCCGGAGGCGCUGUGUAUCGUGGAGAUGGGAGGUGCGGAGAGGCAGGAUGAGCUCGGGGAGAGAGGCUCCAUUGGUUUUCUCUAUCUCAACAUUGGACUUCAGAAUGGUGUGCUGCUCAGAACUGUGCUGGAUCCUGUAACCGGUGACCUGUCUGACACCAGAACUCGCUAUCUAGGGUCCCGGCCAGUCAAGUUGUUUCGUGUGAGGAUGCAGGGUCAAGAGGCGGUACUGGCCAUGUCCAGUCGUUCCUGGCUCAGCUAUUCCUACCAGUCUCGUUUCCACCUCACUCCCCUAUCGUACGAGACCCUGGAGUACGCGUCCGGCUUCGCGUCAGAACAGUGUCCAGAAGGCAUAGUGGCCAUUUCAACCAAUACCCUGAGAAUUUUGGCUCUGGAGAAGUUGGGUGCGGUGUUUAACCAAGUGGCUUUCCCUCUCCAGUACACACCACGAAAGUUUGUGAUCCAUCCGGAAAGUAAUAACUUGAUUAUCAUUGAAACAGACCACAAUGCUUAUACAGAGGCCACCAAGGCUCAGCGCAAGCAGCAGAUGGCAGAGGAAAUGGUUGAAGCUGCAGGAGAAGAUGAGCGAGAGCUGGCUGCAGAAAUGGCGGCUGCAUUCCUCAAUGAGAACCUGCCAGAGUCCAUUUUUGGAGCCCCAAAAGCUGGAAAUGGGCAGUGGGCGUCCGUCAUCCGGGUGAUGAAUCCAAUCCAGGGGAACACCCUGGACCUGGUCCAGUUGGAGCAGAAUGAGGCAGCCUUCAGUGUGGCGGUGUGUCGGUUCAGUAACACGGGAGACGACUGGUACGUCUUGGUUGGCGUUGCCAAAGACCUGAUCCUGAACCCCCGCUCUGUGGCCGGAGGACUGGUCUACACUUACAAGCUGGUGAACAAUGGAGAGAAGCUGGAGUUUGUGCACAAGACCCCCGUGGAGGAAGUCCCCGCUGCAAUUGCUCCUUUCCAAGGUCGAAUCUUGAUAGGAGUCGGCAAACUGCUGAGAAUUUACGAUCUGGGGAAGAAGAAGCUUCUGAGGAAAUGUGAAAACAAGCACAUUGCAAACUUCAUUGUGGGCAUACAGACCAUCGGGCAGCGCAUCAUCGUCUCCGACGUACAGGAAAGCUUCAUAUGGGUGCGCUACAAGCGCAACGAGAACCAGCUGGUCAUAUUCGCCGAUGAUACGUAUCCUCGCUGGGUCACUCACUCCUCCCUGCUGGACUACGAGACCGUGGCCGGCGCUGACAAGUUUGGGAACAUCUGUGUGAUCCGGCUGCCUCAGAAUAUAAAUGAUGAUGUUGAUGAAGAUCCAACUGGUAACAAGGCUUUGUGGGACCGAGGGCUGCUGAACGGAGCCUCUCAGAAGGCAGAGGUGAUUGUGAACUAUCAUGUAGGAGAGACGGUGCUGUCGCUGCAGAAGACGACGCUUAUCCCCGGGGGCUCCGAGUCUCUGGUCUACACUACUUUAUCUGGAGGCAUUGGCAUCCUUGUCCCAUUUACUUCCCAUGAGGAUCAUGAUUUCUUCCAGCACGUAGAGAUGCACAUGCGCUCCGAGCACCCCCCCAUCUGUGGGCGAGACCACCUCAGCUUCCGCUCCUAUUACUUCCCUGUUAAGAAUGUGAUUGAUGGAGACUUGUGUGAACAGUUCAACUCCAUGGAGCCAAUCAAGCAGAAGAGCGUGGCUGAGGAGCUGGACAGGACGCCACCCGAGGUCUCGAAGAAGCUGGAAGACAUCCGUACACGAUACGCCUUCUAGUGAGGCCGCCGGGUUCCUGCCGCAUCGGCACCUGAUGGAUCCUGGGGAGGGGACGUGUCUCGCCUUCAUCUCGCCUAACCAGUGAUUCUCACCCGAUUUUAAACUUGCAGUUUCACUUUAGAUCCCACGUCCGGCUUUGUACAUAGUUUUGUAAAAUGAUUUUUUUUUUUUAAUGGUCGUUUGGCAGAAUGUUCGUCAGUGAGCCCUGUGAUGGGCGCAAUAAAUGAGAUUUUCUAUG